AUGUCAAGCCGCGGCCUACAGGCAAAACCAAACUCUGGCAAGAAGAGUGUUCGGGCCAAAUCAUAUGGACCUCGAGUCUUGCUUAACAUCCCUGAUUUCAAAGCACUCUCAAAAAUGAUGGACACAGACCAAAUUGAGCCCAAAAUUUCAAGGAAAAAGCUUCCUGAAUUAGAAGAACCUCCAAUGCCUCCAGCUGUGGAAGAAGAAAUAAAGGUAAAUGUCAAUAAUCCUUGGAUUUCAGAUAUGAUAUCUCAGAAGACAUUAGAUAGCGCUAAAGGCCUCCCUGCCAGGCAUAUUAAAGCAGUUAUGAAGCAUGAGAAAAUUAUUCCCACCAAAGAUAAUGAAACCAGUUUUAAGCUUGAUCAAUCUGAGCUAUCAUCUCCAGCAAAAGAAGAACUGCCAGGUUCAAACCCAGAAAAAACCAAAAAACUUCUCCAGCGAGAAUACGCCAACUUUGAAAACCCUGAUUUAAAAUCAACAAGAGAUAUUUCAAAAUUUGAUUGCUGAAUAGAAUCAAUGAAGCCUGAAGACUGGGUCAAAUUUUAUAAAGGAAAACCUGGCCCACAUGGGUCUUCACCAGCUUUUGAGGAUGGAGUCUACUCAUGGGAACCAAUAGACUUGCUAGGGUAUGAUUCCAAUGCAAAAAAGUUUUUAGUCAGGAUCAGAAAAAACAUGCUUGAGAAAAAAGUCCAGCGUCUUGCUAUUAAAUUUCACGAUGAAAAUCCUAGCUCGGCCUUGCUAGUGAGCAAAAAAAUCUUGUAACUGCCAAGGAUUUUUAAAUUAGGAAGACCUCUUAAAGGUGAAAGUAAUAAUUUUUUUAAUUGAAUAUAUAUUAAAAUUAAUAUAUAAUUUUUUUCAGGAUUAUUAAAUAUAAUCUAAUUUAAUUUAUAUUAAAUUAUAUUUCUAAAUGUUUUAUAUUUCCAAUAUUUUUAGCUCGUGAGUUUUCCAAAAAAUAGGGAUUUUUUAAUGGCUUUGAUCUCUAGCCAAAGGGGAGAGUAAAGAAUUCGAAGCGCGCGUCAUCCAAGCCAGAGAACUUCAACAAAACUAUGACUCUGAAGUCAGAUUUUUGGACAUGGUAGACGCAAUUUCAGCUACUGAUGUGUCUCAGCUGCGUAAAGAUGUCAAGGCAAAAAUCUUGAAAAAAGCUGUCGCUACAAGUUUGGAGUUUGAAAAAGACAAGUAUAUGGACUUGCUUAAACAGCUUGUGUCUGUAAUUGAUGAAGAAUAUGUAAGAGCGAUGAAAAAGUGCGUAAUUUUGUUGAGAAUGCAGGACCCGAAAAAUGAUCAUGAAUUUAUUCAGAAAAAAAUCCCAAUUCGGCGGUCAAUUCCAGUUAUUCCUGAGUUUGGGACUAUUACUAUCCCUUCCCAUCCAUACAAAAAGACGAAAAAAGAGCUUGAUAAAAAUCACUGGUAUAAGACAACUUCAGUGGUUCAAGUAAAUAAAAUAAUGGCAGCUAAAUGCUAUAGCUUUCAAGAGCAUCGAUUCUUAGAGACCAAAAAUCUUCUUAUGCCAAUGGAGUUGAGAAACUUAUACAAUGCCCAAAGAAAUCAUCAUCAGGCUAUUAGGCAGCAAAUUUCAAUUCACUGGAGAGAAUAUUUAAUCAGUGAAACCCAAGAUAAAAUGGCUGAGCAAUAUAACUUCUUUGCUGUUGAUUCUGAAGAGUAUCUAAAAGGAGCUUUACAUACCAUUUUAAGAAGAAUGGAUUUAAUAAUGAACACUCAAGUGAGGACUUUUGCAAAGCAAAGCAUUGACGAUUGGGUCGAUUUCUUAAAAUCGUUUUCAUCUCCUGAGGAGUCUGAAGUAUACAGAAAAAAUGAGAAGCCUUUAAUAAUUCUCCAGCUGAAUAUUGAAGAAGACUCAAGAAAGAAAAAAGAUGAGCAAGCUGAUGCAGUUCCUGGACAAAUUGAUUUUAAGCCAACACUCCAGCAAGCCCACAAGUUUAUAAGUGAAUGCAUUGAUUGGAUUGUAGAAGCAACCAAUAAAAUCACCAACCUUGAAUCUGACUUGGUGCCAUUCAUGAAUAUUCCUAAAACCCCAGUUUUCGAACUAAACGAAGAAAGUGAAUGGGUUGCUAUCGCGAAAAAAGAAAUUUCAGAAUUGAUGGAAAAAUAUCAAAGUGGGCCACUUCAGAUUUUGGAAGAGUUUAAAGCUUUUGAAUGGGUUGGGAAAAUGAAAAUAAAAGACUAUGUCAAAGAUUUGCUGAAAGGAAAGCCUUCAAUUGAGAAGCUCCGAAAUGAACUGCUGAAGCUCAAAGCUGCAAAAGAAGACUUAGUUUCAAUAUCAACCCUCUGGUCAAGCACAAAUAGGACCUCGGGACCCCCACCCCAUAUACAUAGCUUUUUGUAGAAUAUUUAAUAGUUUUAAGCCUAAGUGAAGGAACUAAAGUUUUAUACUCUAAACUAUAGCUCAUACCCCUUUAUAGAUCCCUUUAUCGAGCAAAGUGUACUUGACUAUUGAAAGACCAAAACAGACUCUCUCAAAGAGAUGAGCUCAAUCUCUAUAUCAGAAAGUUCUAAAAAGUGGCAUGCCAAAAAAUAGUGGCAAGUGUGAAAAAAGUUGGUAAGCAAACACGAUUAGACUUAAGAUAAUUAAUUAUCAUCUCUUUCGUUAAAUUGAUUUAAUAAAAUAAUAUCUACAUGUAGAUUUGACUAUGGAUUAUCUUUAGAUUUACAUAAGUCAAGAUUCUAUUGGAGUUUUUGAUUGAUAUGCUUACUGGAGUUAUAGCACUUGGAGAUCUAUACAACCGUUACUCAAGAAGUUCCUCCUUUGCAUUCUCAUUUAAAAGUUCAGGUGCAAUUUCUUCCAUACUGAACUCUAUCUUUAUAAUCGCUUAAAUUGAAACAAAAUUCAAUUUUAUAAUAAAAAAUUUUAUAGAUAAAAAUCAUAAAUUUUAUGUAAAAAGUUUCGGUAUAAGUUAAAUGUUUCUUCUUAACUAAAAUUAAAAAUUUAGUUAUAUCUUGCUCUUUUUUAAAGAAAAGAACAUAAAGAGCUUUUUAUUUAAAUACAUUUAUUAUCUUUAAUUGCUAUAUUUUUAAAAAUUUUUCAACAAAAAAUAUAAUUUGUUGCAUUUAUUUUUUUAUCAUGCAUAUGAUGCUAUUUGAAUUUAUUAUUUAGAAACCAAAUAUACGUUUCAAAACGCAGAUUUUAGUGCGCCAAAUUAAUAAUUUAAAUUUUAUAUGAAAAUAGUGUGUAUAACUGCCAUAAGAAAUUAAGCCAAGGGAUUAUAUUUUUUAUUUAAAUAAUUUUGAUAAAAAUUUAAUGCGAAUUCUUUACAAAAAUUGAAAAUUUACUUUAUUUCUUCUUUAUUUUAGCAAAAGAGUAUAAAUAGCCACUUAAUUAAACAAAAUUAACACUUUGAUCGAUAAAUUUUCUAGAAAUUUAUUAAUCUAAUUCGACACAUUUUUUAAUUUUUUUUUAUAAGAAUUUUAUAUUGAUUUGUUUUAUAAGAAUAUUAUAUUGAUUUUUUUUUAUAAAAAAUUUUCUUAACCCUUCUUUUAAAUUGGAACCAAUUUAAAGGGAGGGAGUUAAAUCAAAAUCCUACUGGAGUUUUUGCACGAUAUGCUUACUGGAGUUAUAACACUUGGAGAUCUAUACAACCGUUUACUCGGGAAGUUCCCCCUUUGCAUUUUCACUUUUGACAAUUUAUUUCAUAAUGGACUCCAUCUUUAUAAUCACUUAAGUCAGGAUCCUACUCGAGUUUUUGAUUGAUACGCUUACUGGGGUUAUAAACUAUGAUUUUUUCCAAAUCCAGUGUCAUAAAUUCAAAGAAACUAUGGAUAAGAAAAUCAACAAGUGCAUGAAUGCCUUACUCGAAGGAAUCUCUAAUUUCUGCUCAGAAGAAGUCAAAAAUAUCCAAGAUGAGUACGAGUUUACUUGCAAUAAAGUCAAGACAAUCCCAACAAAUGAAGCUGAGCUGUUCGAGCUUAAGCAAUUUGCUAAGAACAUCAAGCUGAAAAAACAAGAGCUUUUAAAUAAAGAAAAAGAAGUAAUUAGCCACACUUUGAUACUUGAAGACUACCAGUUCAGACUAAAUGAAGAAGUCAGCAUUAAUUUAUGGCAGUGCAAAACUUGGCCAAUUGAAGUCGAAGCCUCCACAAAGGAAGGCAUCGGAAGACUUGAAGUUGAAGAAGAAAAAUUCCGAGAGAAGCUUGAAAAAGAAAAAGAUAAGUGGUUUAGAGAAAUAAGCCAACUUCAUACAGACUUCGAGCUCGUCCAGCAGUUUGCAGACUACUCCAAUUCUUCUUCUCACUAUGAAGACGUCAAAAAGCUUGAAGAUCAUUUAAAGCAAGCCAUGGACCAAUUCAACUCUUUUAACCAAAGAGAAACUCUCUUUGAGCUGCAGCUUUCAGAUAAAACUGAGCUUCAAAAUAUGAUCGACGACUUCGAGCCAUUCAACAAGCUCUGGACAAAUGUUAACGAUUUCAAGUAUGGGCACAAUUCCUGGACUAACGAGAAAAAAAUCCAUGAACUCAAUGCAAUAGAAAUUUCGAGCAAUGUUGACAGAUGGCUUAGAGAAUGCUUUGUGCUAACGAAAAAACUAUUGGAAAAGAGUCCAGAAGCUAUCAAUGUUAUCAACCAUUUGAAAGAGCAUUUAACUGAAUUCCAGACCAAUAUCCCUCUUAUAAAAGCUAUUUCUAAUGAAGCUUGGGGAGAAGAUCACUGGAGAAGAGUUGCCCAAAUCGCAGGACUUCCAUCUGAGCAGCUUGACGCUAAGCAUGAAACUGUGUCCACUUUAAUAGAAAAAGGAUUGAAAAAUUUCAUAGAAGAAAUAGAAGAAGUCUCAUACAAAGCACAAAGGGAAUUUAAGCUUAAAAAGAAACUAGAAGAAAUGAAGAAAGAGUGUGAAGGCCAGUUCCUUGAAGUUUUGGCUUAUAAGGACACUCAUAUUGUUAAGUCUGUAGAAGAUAUACAAACUUUGCUAGAUGAACAGAUUGUGAACAUUCAAGCCAUGAAGACUUCGCCUUAUGCGAAACCAAUUGAAAGACAAUGCAAAGAAUGGGAAUAUAGACUGCUGCAUAUUCAAGAGACUCUUGAGCAGUGGAUGAAAUGUCAAACCGUUUGGAUGAACCUUGAACCUAUUUUCGCAUCAGAUGACAUUCAAAAGCGUAUGCCUGGAGAGUAUAGAAAGUUUAGAGGAGUUGAUAGCCAAUGGAAACUUCAUAUGGAUUCUAUUUGUAACCCUGGAGGAAACCAGGCUACUCAAAACACCAAUCCAAACCUACUAGAUUCUGUUGCAAUAGAUGGUGGCACUCUUACACUUUUUAAAGACGCCAAUGAAAAUCUUGACGAAAUCCAAAAGUCAAUGCAUCAUUACUUAGAAACCAAACGUCUCUCGUUCCCACGUUUCUUUUUCUUAUCUGAUGAAGAUUUGCUAGAUAUUCUAUCUCAAACAAAAGACCCUCUUCGUGUCCAAGAGCACAUUAAUAAAUGUUUUGAAGCCAUCGAUAAAGUUGUUUUCACUGAAAGACAAGAAGUCACUCACAUGAUUUCUCCUGAAAAAGAAACUGUUCAGCUUAUUGAUAAAAUUGAUGUGAAUGAAGGAGACAAAAAAGGGAAUGUGGAGUUUUGGAUGGGGGACAUCGAAAAGUCUAUGUAUAAAACUAUUAAAGAAAUUACUAACUCCCCCCCCCCCCCCUCCGUGAGCGAACAAAAAAAUUUUGUUCGCUCACGGAGGGGGUUUAAUUUUUUUUUUUAAAAAAAAUUUAUAUAUAAAUUUUAUAAAAAAUAUUUUUUUUCGAAAUUUAAAAAAAUCCUAAUUUGCAAAAAUUGGGAAGCAAAUAUUAAUUUAAUUUGCAAAAUUUAUGUUUUAAAACGCAAUUUGUUUAAAAAUUAAACAGAAUUAGCUCUAGAUUUCAUUAUACUAAUUAUCACUUAUAUAUCAAAAAUUUUUUUUUCAUUUAAAAUUUUUUCUAUUAAAAAAAUUUUUGUUCACACUCACGGAGGGUGGGUUUUUGGUCAAAAAAUGGCGAUUUUUCUAAUGGUUUUGUUCGCUCACGGAGGGGGGGGGGAGUAAGAAAAGCUUCAAUGAGUACCAAAAACAAGAAAGAACCCAAUGGAUUAGAAACUGGCCAUCAAUGGUAGUACUAGGAGUCAAUCAGCUGUGCUGGACUGCAGGGGUAGAAGAUGCUAUUAAAAAUAAUACCAUGAAAGCGUAUGAAGAUAAGCUUACAAAACUCAUUAUGGGGGUUGUCGUUAUGGUUAGAGGUAAGCUUGACUCUUUGCUCAGGAAAACACUUUCAGCAGUCAUUACACUUGAUGUCCAUGCUCGUGAUAUAGUCACUGAUUUGAAAACCAAAAAAAUCACAAAUAACAACCAGUUCGAUUGGAUUGCUCAAUUAAGAUACUACUGGGAAGGCUCUACAGACAUUUCAGUUAAAAUGGUCAACUCUUCUAUCAAAUAUGGCUUUGAGUACUUAGGAAGCUUAAAUUAACUUAAAGAAAUCUAUAUGCGUAGUAUCAACUUCGGGGGGACCGCACCAGAGCUUCCUCUAUUUUUGCAUGUGUCGGGCCCACAAAUCGCUGGAUCCAUAUGCUUCGAGUGAGCGCCUUUCUGUCCUCCUUGAUGCUGUGUAACGACUAAAGGCUCCUUCGCUGCUGCAGGAUAGAAGUGAUAAACCACAGGCCUUUAUAUUCCCUAGGGACAAGUCAGAGGUAGGUGUGCCCUUUCAAGUUGUUUAUUUGACUUGCCCAGAUAAAUUCUCAUGUAAACCAAGCCUCAUAAUCAUAAAAUGUGAAUGAGUGGUGCCGAUCGGAGGAUCGGAACCAUAAGAAUGUCACCAUUUUAUGAUCAUGAGCACUUACUCCCCCCUUUUAAAUUGGAACAAAAAAUCCCUAUUCCAAUUUAAAGGGGGGUAAUUUUAUUUUUAAAAAAAAAUAUAGUUUUUGAGCACAAUAUUUUGAAUUUUAAUUAUUUUUAUAAAGAAAUUAUUAAAUAAUUAAUCGAUUCAGUGUGAAAAAUGUUUAAAGCCCAUACUACUUGCAUUUUUCUCGAAAAUAGGUCAAAACUAAUUUAUAAGUAUUAGUUUUUUCGUCUAUAAAAUUUCCCUAUUGAAAAAUAUAAUUUUUAUUCCAAUUUAAAGGGGCAUAAAUACCUAAAAAAAUUGAAAUUUAACAUAUAUUUUAUUCCAAUUUUAAGGGGAGAGUUAGGAAAUACUCCCAGGCUAGUUAUCACCCCGCUUACAGAUAGAUGCUAUAGAACACUAAUAGGUGCUUACAACCUAUUUUAUGGAGGCGCUCCAGAAGGCCCAGCAGGAACAGGCAAAACCGAGUCAGUAAAAGAUCUGGCCAAAGCAAUAGCUGUCAAAUGUGUCGUCUUCAACUGUAGUGACUCUCUUGAUUUCACAUCUAUGGCCAAAUUCUUUAAAGGCCUUGCCUCAAGCGGUUCCUGGUGUUGUUUCGAUGAAUUCAACAGAAUUGAGCCUGAAGUCCUAUCAGUCAUUGCCAUGCAAGUGUUGCAGAUCCAGCAAGCAAUCAGAGAAAAGCGAAAAACAUUUACAUUUGAAGGCACCCAGCUUAAUUUAGUGCACUCUUGUGCAAUCAACAUCACUAUGAAUCCUGGCUAUGCUGGAAGAUCUGAGCUUCCUGAUAACUUGAAAGCUUUAUUCAGGCCUUGCGCUAUGAUGGUUCCUGAUUAUGCCAUGAUCAGUGAAAUUUCUUUGUUUUCCUAUGGCUUUGAAAAUGCUAGAAGUCUAGCUGCAAAAGUGGUGGCUUCCCUACGUUUAUCUUCUGAGCAAUUAUCAACACAAGACCAUUAUGACUUUGGUAUGAGAGCAGUUAAAGCCAUUUUGACUGCUUGUGGAAACUUGAAAAUGAAGUAUACUGACGAGGUGGAAGAUAUUUUGGCAUUGAGAGCACUUAAUGAUGUCAAUUUACCUAAAUUCACCAGCAAUGAUAUACCGCUUUUCCUUGGAAUUACUUCAGAUUUGUUCCCUGGAGUCACUAUCCCGAAGAUUGACUAUGGAAUUUUAUUGACUUCAAUAGAAGCUGCAUGUGAAAUGCAGAACUUACAAGCGACAGACGAGUUCAAGAGCAAAUGUAUACAGCUUUACGAAACCAUAUGUGUAAGACAUGGGCUUAUGCUUGUAGGACAAACAUUUUCAGGCAAAACCAAAGUCAUCAACACUUUACAAAUGGCUCUAAGCAGCGUUCCAAAUAAUCCAGAAUUCACAAAAACCCUUAAAAUCACCUUAAAUCCUAAAUCCAUCACUUUAAACCAGUUAUACGGAAGAUUUAUCGCAGAGUCUCAUCAAUGGUACGAUGGCGUCAUUUCUCAAACAUUCAGAACCUUUACUGCAGAAAAAGGCCCCGAAAGAAAAUGGGUUGUGUUUGAUGGUCCUGUCGACUCCAAAUGGAUUGAAAAUAUGAACACUGUACUGGAUGACAACAAAAUGCUGUGUAUGCAGUCAGGAGAAAUCAUUAAAAUGACUGAAGGGAUGACCAUGAUGUUUGAAGUCGAAGACCUAAAAGUGGCAUCACCUGCUACUGUGUCUCGUUGUGGAAUGGUUUUCCUUGAACCUCAUCGACUUGGCUGGGUAGUUUUGAUCCAAUCUUAUGUGUAUUCGCUACCUUAUUUUAUUAGAGACAAGCACGGAAUGCAUAUUAUUGACACUUUUUCUUGGUUUUCAUGGCCAUUAACUGAAUUUGUAAAGAAAAAAUGCAAACUCCCUGCACCUGUCACUGAAAAUGAAAUGGUCAGCACUAUCCUUAAUAUUUUUGACUGCUUUAUGAUGGAGUUCAGAGAUAUGGUAAAAGAGGAUGAAGCUGAAUCUCCUACUAAAAAUGCACCUAAAGAGCAUGUUUUGCCAAAAGAGUUUGAAGAAGUCCUUCCGCAGUGAAUUCUCUUCAGUGUUAUAUGGGGAUUUGGAGGAAUUACAGAUGAAACAACAAGACCAAAGUUCUCCGAGUUCUUAGGAAAGCUCAUGGCAGGGGAAAAUGUGGUAGAUCUCUAUCGACUUCUUGAUACCCCUGCAGACUGGGAACCCAAAAAAUAUGACGCCAAACUUCCUGGGGAAUUCUUCGAUAUAGUUUUUGCAAAGAAACCCACCGGCUAUCAUUGGAUGCAAUGGGUAAAUCUUCACCCUGGCACAUAUACUCCUGACAAAAAUUCAAAUUUCCACGAACUUAUUGUCCCUACAAAGGACACUAUCCGUAUUUCUUACCUUAUGCAUUUCAUGGCUUCUGCUCACAAGCAUAUCCUUUUCUGUGGCCCUACAGGCACAGGCAAAACUGUUUGUGUUCUCGAUACCCUUCGCUCAUCUUUUUACAAUGAAACCUUCACUUAUCUUUUUAUGGCGUUUUCAGCUCAAACAUCAGCAAAUAAAAUACAGCUAAUCAUGGAAUCUUGCAUGGAGAAAAAAUCGAGAUUUGUAAACGCCCCUGCUGGGAACAGAAAAAUGGUCAUUUUUGUAGACGACUUAAAUAUGCCUCAAAAAGAAACUUAUGGAGCUCAGCCUCCUAUUGAGCUUUUAAGACAGUGGAUGGACCAUGAAGGCUGGUAUGAUUUGGAAACCAAAGAAUUCAAGAAAUUCAAACUUAUACAGUUUGCUGCUUGCAUGGGACCUCCAGGUGGAGGAAGAAACCAUGUCUCACAGAGAUAUUUGAGACAUUUUAAUAAGCUGUACAUUGAGCCGUUUGGAGAGGAUUCUUUAAUGUCGAUUUUUACAACUAUUGUAGACUGGUUUUUCAUUAAGCAGGCUGAGCCAUUUUCACGAGCUAUUGUCCAGCAAAAAGAAAAUUUGGUUCAUGCUACAAUACAAGUUUUCCAGAGGAUAAGCAAAGAGUUAUUGCCAACUCCUGCAAAAAUGCAUUAUAUAUACAACUUAAGAGACGUUUCUAAAGUAUUUCAAGGAAUUUCAAAUGCGACUGCUUUAGCAAUAAAAGAAGAAGCUGACUUGAUAAGACUGUGGGCUCAUGAGUGUCAAAGAGUGUUCCAAGAUCGUUUAAUAAACAAUAAGGACAGAGAAUAUUUCAAUGAUCUUCUCAAAGAAUCAAUGAAAAAGUACUUCAGAAGAAGCUGGGAGGAUGUUGUAACAGUUACACCCCUACUUUUUGGGUCAUUUAUUCCUAUGAUCUCCCGUGAAGAAGGCAAAGCUAAAAUUCCUGACUUAUACUGUGAGCUUAAAGAUCAGACUUUGCUGCAAGAAAAAAUGCAUGAAUUUUUAGAAUAUUACAACCAGAUUUCUCCAGCAAAAAUGAACUUAGUGCUCUUUAUGGCUGCUAUUGAGCAUGUUGUAAAAAUAGUAAGAAUAAUUCAACUACCGCUCGGGAAUGCAUUAUUAUUAGGUGUUGGAGGAAGUGGGAGAAAAAGUCUAACAAUGCUGGCUACGUCAAUAGCUGAGUAUUCUAUUUUUGAGGUUGAAGUAAGCAAGAACUUUGGAAUGACUGAAUGAAGAGACAGACUCAAGGCACUUUUCUUUAAGACUGGCCUGGAAAAUCACCCAACUGUUUUCUUAUUCAGCGACACACAAAUUUCAAAUGAAGGUUUCUUAGAAGACAUCAAUAAUUUGCUUAAUAAUGGUGAAGUUCCUAACUUAUUGGAAUCUGAGGACAGACAAAAUGUCAUUGACACUUUACAAGAAGAAGCUAACCAAAACAAGAAAGGAGGCUCAGCAGAAGCAAUUCAUGCGUAUUUCAUUGAAAGAGUAAGGUCUAACCUCCAUCUUGUAUUUUGCUUGUCGCCAAUCGGAGAGUCUUUUAGGACGAGAAUCAGAAUGUUCCCAUCUCUGGUAAACUGUACCACUAUUGAUUGGUUUUUGCCUUGGCCUGAAGAUGCAUUGAGAUCUGUCGCCCAGAAUUUCUUAAAAGAUGUAGACGUCGAUAAUCAAGUGAAAAAAGGGCUUGUAGAGAUCUGUGUAGAUAUGCAAGAAAGAGUCACUAAUUUAACAGCUCGAUAUAAAGCGGAACUUGGUAGGCAUUACUAUAUUACGCCUACCUCUUAUUUAGAGCUUAUAUAUACUUUUAAGAAUUUAUUGAACACUAAAAGAGUAGAAGUCAAAAGACUUGGACAAAGAUAUGAAAAUGGGCUGGAAAAGUUACUGGAUACAGCGUCUAAGGUGUCUGUCAUGCAAAAAGAUUUGGAAGAACUGCAGCCGAAAUUAGUGGUAGCACAGGCCGAAACAAAAGAAAUGAUGAAAGUUCUGACUGUUCAGCAAAAAGAAGCACUGGAAAUCCAGCAGAAUUGUGAAGUAGAUGAAGCUAGAUGUAAAGAGGAAAGAGAGAUUGCGCAAGGAAUCAAAAAGGAAUGUGAAGAGAAGCUUGAAGAAGCUAUGCCCGCUUAUGAACAGGCACAAAAAGCAUUGAAGUCACUUGAUAAAAGUCAAAUUGAUGAAGUCAAGCAUAUGGCAAGUCCGCCACCUGGUGUGAGAUUCACUAUGGAAGCUGUUUGCAAAUUGAUGGCUAUUGAGCCAAUUAUGGUUCCAAAAGCUAACGGAUUUGGAAAAGAGCCAGAUUAUUGGGAAACUGCUAACUCCCCCCCCCCCCCCCCCUCCGUGAGCGAACAAAACCAUUAGAAAAAUCGCCAUUUUUUGACCAAAAACCCACACCUCCGUGAGUGAACAAAAAUUUUUUUAAUAGAAAAAAUUUUAAUGGAAAAAAAUUUUGAUAUAUAAGUGAUAAUUAGUAUAAUGAAAUCUAGAGCUAAUUCUGUUUAAUUUUAAACAAAUUGCGUUUUAAAACAUAAAUUUUGCAAAUUAAAUUAAUAUUUUGCUUCCCAAUUUUUGCAAAUUAGGAUUUUUUUAAAUUUCGAAAAAAAUAUUUUUUAUAAAAUUUAUAUAUAUAAUUUUUUUUUAAAAAAAAAAAAUAACCCCCCCUCCGUGAGCGAACAAAAUUUUUUUGUUCGCUCACGGAGGGGGGGGGGGGAGUAAGAAGAACCUCCUAAACAGGCCAAGACUUAUGGAUGAUUUACAAAAUUACGAUAAAGAUCACAUGGAUCCUGUCAUUGUUGCCACAAUUGAAAAAAUCAUAGUUAAUCCAGAGUUCCAGCAAGACAAAAUCAAAAGAGCUUCAUUAGCUGCAUAUGGGCUUAGCAUGUGGGUUAGAGCUAUGUUUAAGUACGAUAAAGUGAUGAAAGAAAUCAGACCCCGACAAGCUGCACUUGCUGAAGCAGAGGCCAGACUCAAGGCUGCUGAAGAUGAGCUACGCGUGAAAAUGGAAGCUUUGCGAAGCAUCCAAGAAAGAGUCCAAAAACUAGAAGCUGAUUAUCAAAAAGCUGUUGAUGAAGAGCUCAGACUUCAGCAUGAAGUCGACAUGUGCAGAAUCAAGCUAGAAAGAGCUCAAAAACUUAUUGAUGGCCUUAAAGAUGAAAAAGUUAGAUGGGGUAAAGAAGCCCAAAUUCUGAAAGAGAACUAUAAAAAUGUGGUAGGAGACUUGAUGAUAAGUUCUGGGAUUAUAGCUUAUUUAGGAGUUUUCACAGGAACUUAUAGGUCAAGCUGCAUUGAGCAUUGGAUAAAGCAGCUCAAAGAAAAAGACAUCCCAAGCUCAGCUGAAUUUUCAUUGAAGGAUGUAAUGGGAGACCAAGUAAAAAUCAGAGACUGGACAUUGGCCCACCUACCUAAUGAUAGCUUCUCUAUAGAUAAUGCAAUUAUUAUGGAAAACUCCUCAAGGUGGCCUCUGAUGAUUGAUCCUCAAGUGCAAGCUAAUGCAUGGAUCAAGAAGAUGGAAGGUGAAAGACUUGACGUUACAAGGCUAAACAGCGAUAAUCUUACCAAUACACUCGUCAAUGCAAUUAACUAUGGUAAAUCAGUUCUCAUUGAAAACAUGGGAGAAUCAAUCAACCCUGAGCUCGAUAAUGUUCUAUCUGCCAAAAAAGGAAGUGAAGGGGUGGUCAAAAUUGGAGACAAAACUGCUGAAAUGUCAAGAGACUUUAGGCUGUUUAUGACAACAAAGCUUCCGAGACCUCAUUAUGCUCCAGAAAUCUGCGUAAGAGUAGCUCUAAUGAACUUUAUGACUACAGAGGAAGGGCUACUGGACCAAAUGUUGUCGCUCACAGUCAAUGCAGAAGCUCCUCAUAUAGAAGCAAGUAGACAAAAGUCAAUUCAAGAAAACGCAAGAAUCAGAAAAGAACUGAAAGCUAUAGAAGACAACAUUUUAAAUCUGGUGUCCAACUCUGAAGGGGAUAUAUUAGAAGACGAAACUCUUAUUGAAACUCUACAGAAAUCUAAACAAUCUUCAAAAGAUGCCUCUGAGCAGCUUGAAAAAAUGGAAAACAUCCAAAAGCAUAUCAAUGAUACCCGUAAGAACUACAAAUCUAUUGCCACAAGAGUUUCUCAGCUAUUCUUCUGCAUUGCUGAUCUCUGCGUAAUUGAACCUAUGUACCAAUAUUCCCUUGAGUGGUACGAAAGAAUUUAUUCCCUAGCCAUUUCUGAAGCAGAAAAAAAUUCAAUAGUCCAAGAACGUGUAAAAAACCUUAUCAGUACUUUUACACUCCUUCUCUAUCAAAAUGUCUGCAGAUCCCUCUUUGAGAAAGAUAAAUUGCUAUUUUCUUUCUUAGUCUGCUUAAAAGUAAUGACAGGUGAAGAAAGAAUCAAUCAACAAGAAUUGAGGUUUUUAAUGACUGGAGGUACCAAAACUAUAGUCAAUAGGCCUAACCCUACUCAAGAAGGAGAAAGAAUGUGGCUAGAAAACAAAGAUUGGGCUGCAAUUUUGGAAUUAAGCGAAUUUGAAGCUUUUAAGAACUUUGAUAGAGAAUUUGAAUUAAAAGUAGACGAGUGGAAAGCUGUAUGGGAGUCCGCAGAUCCUUUAGAAAGCGUGUGGCCAGGUGGAUGGAAAGAGAAGCUUGCACAAUACCAACAAAUUAUUGUGCUAAGGAUUUUAAGACCUGAUAAAGGAAUUCAAGCAAUUGAGCAGCUCAUCACCCAAGAGCUUGGGUCUGAGUUUAUUUCUCCACCUCCGUUUAAUCUUGAACUAUCAUUUAAAGACUCAAAACCAGAUGUACCAAUUAUAUUUAUUCUAAGUCCUGGUGUUGAUCCUAUUAGUGAAAUAGAAAAAUUGGCAAUAAAGUUAGGACUGAGAGGGAAGAUGGAGCCUCUAUCUCUUGGUGAUGGCCAAGGUCCAAAAGCUGAAGCUGCACUUGAUCGCGCAAUUUCGACUGGAGGCUGGGUAAUUUUGCAAAACUGUCACCUUGCAGCUAAGUUUAUGCCAACUCUUGAAAAAAGAGUUGAUGAAAUUGUUCCUGAGAGGACUGACGAUAAUUUCAGACUAUGGCUGACUUCGAUGCCUUCUGAUUUCUUCCCUGUGUCCAUCCUACAAAAUUCUAUAAAGCUAACGAACGAACCUCCUAAAGGGCUCAGGAAAAAUUUAAUAAGGUCUUUCCGCUCCUAUGACCUUGCUGCUUUCGAAGACAAUGCAAAGCCUAGAGAAUUCAAAAGAAUGGUAUAUGGUCUGAGCUUUUUCCAUGCCUUAAUCCAAGAACGACGAAAAUAUGGAGCUCUAGGUUGGAAUAUCCCUUACGAGUUUUCAAUGAGUGAUCUAUCAAUUUCGUUUUAUCAACUGAGGAUGUUCUUAAAUGAAUACGAAUUAAUUCCAUGGGACGCCUUAAAAUACAUGGUCGCAGAAGCAAACUAUGGUGGAAGAGUUACUGAUGUUUGGGAUAGAAGGACUAUAAAUACUAUCCUUGAAGACUUCUAUACAGAAAAUAUUCUCAAAGACAAGUAUUGCAUCAAUGAAUGCGAUGUCUACCAAAUUCCCCCUGAAGGAAAUGUUGAUAGCUACUUGAAUUAUAUAGAAGAAAACGUGCCACAUUAUGACCAAACUCAAGUCUUUGGGCUUCAUGAUAAUGCUUCAAUUACAAAAUCCAUCAAUGAAACCAGCUCUUUACUGUCUGCUUGUUUAUCUUUAUUGCCUCGUACACUGGCUGGAGCUGACAAAACGCCUGAACAAAUGAUGACAGAGAUAGCAGUCAGUAUAUUUAAUAGGAUGCCAAAUCCAUUUGACAUUGACGAAUGCAUGAAGAGGUAUCCUAUGAUGUAUAAUGAAUCAAUGAACACAGUCUUAAUACAAGAGUUAAUCAGAUUUAAUAGGCUGCUUAAUGUGGUCAGAACAUCUACAGUGCAGCUAAAAAAUGCAGUUGAAGGGCUUGUCACCAUGUCAGCCGACUUAGAAAAGGUAGGAAAUGCACUGUUUGAUAACAAAGUUCCUGAAAUGUGGAUGAAUGUAGCUUAUCCUUCUCUAAAGCCACUGGCUCAGUGGAUUGAUGACUUUAUCACUCGUCUAAAGUUUAUGCAAGAUUGGCUUGAUAACGGCCCUCCAGUUGUCUUUUGGAUUUCUGGCUUUUACUUCACCCAAUCUUUCCUGACAGGAACUAUGCAAAAUUAUUCCAGAAAAUACCAAAUCCCUAUAGAUACACUUUGCUUUGAUUUUGAAGUGCUGCCAGAAGCCCAAACGCAAGACGUUAUUUCAAGCCCUCCAGCAGACGGAUGCUACGUUUCAGGUCUCUUCCUAGAUGGAGCCCGAUGGGAUGAUGAGCUGAAAUGUGUGGCAGAGCCUCUUCCCAAAAUUCUUUAUUACCCUAUGCCAGUGAUUCACCUUAAGCCUACCAAGAUUUCAGAUCUUCCCAAAAAGCAUGUCUAUGAAUGCCCAGUUUAUAAGACUUCUAAACGACAAGGAACUCUUUCUACAACAGGCCACUCCACAAACUUUGUGCUUUCAAUUAACUUAGCGCUACACAACUCUCACAAGCCUUCUCAUUGGAUUAAAAGAGGCACAGCGUUGCUUACUCAGCUAGAUUAUUAA